GCCUUUCGUCCGGGCCGUCCCUGCCCCGCCCCGCCUCCACGGCCGGGCGGAAGCACUUGGGCGGAAACGGAAGUGAAGCAGAGGCGGCGGGGCGGAGGGUGGGGUGGGUGUGUUGCUGGCUGUUCUUCGCGUCUCUAGAUCCUUUUCCAGAGUCCAGUUAUGGGUGUGAGAGGUCUGCAGGGGUUUGUGGGAAGUACCUGCCCACAUAUAUGUACAGUAGUCAAUUUCAGAGAGCUGGCAGAACAUCACCGAAGCAGGUACCCUGGAUGUACUCCUACUGUUGUGGUGGAUGCCAUGUGUUGUCUCCGAUACUGGUAUACUCCAGAGUCUUGGGUCUGUGGUGGCCAAUGGCGAGAAUACUUUUCUGCUUUGCGAGAUUUUGUUGACUCCUUUGCAUCUGUUGGCAUCAAGUUGGUAUUCUUCUUUGAUGGUAUGGUGGAACAGGGUAAGAGAAAUGAGUGGGUGAAACGAAGACUUAAGAACAACAGGGAGAUCUCUAGGAUUUUCCAUUACAUCAGGUCACACAGGGAGCAACCCGGCAGAAACAUGUUCUUCAUCCCCUCGGGGUUGGCUAUAUUUACACGGUUCGCUCUGAAGACUCUGGGUCAGGAAACUUUGUGUUCGUUAAAGGAGGCAGACUAUGAGGUGGCUUCCUAUGGUCUCCAGUACAAUUGUCUUGGGAUUCUUGGGGAAGACACUGAUUACUUAAUUUAUGACACGUGCCCCUACUUUUCAAUUAGCGAGCUCUGCUUGGAGAGCCUCGAGACCAUCAUGCUCUGUCGAGAGAAGCUCUGCGAGAGUCUGGGCCUCCGUGUGGCAGACCUUCCCCUGCUAGCCUGCCUACUUGGCAAUGACAUAAUCCCAGAGGGCAUGUUUGAAAGCUUUCGUUUCAAGUGCUUAUCUUCCUACACUUCUGUAAAAGAGAACUUUGAUAAAAAAGGUAACAUUAUCUUAGCUGUGUCAGAUCACAUAUCCAAAGUUCUUCAUUUGCAUCAAGGGGAGAAAAAAUUAGAAGAGAUGUUGCCUUUGGGACCAAACAGGGCUCUUUUUUAUAAAGGAGUGGCAUCAUAUCUCUUGCCAGGACAGAGCUCACCAUGGUUCUUCCAAAAACCCAAAAGUUUAAUAAUGUUGGACAAGCAAGUAAUUUCCAUGAGUUCAGACCCUGAAUCCAAGCAAGAAGUUCCCAUAUGUACAGAGCCUGAAUCCAAGCAAGGAGUUCCCAUGUGUACAGAGCCUGAAUCCAAGCAAGGAGUUCCCAUGUGUACAGAGCCUGAAUCCAAGCAAGAAGUUCCCAUGUGUACAGUUCCUGAAUCCAAACAAGAAGUUCCCAUGUGUACAGUUCCUGAAUCCAAACAAGAAGUUCCCAUGUGUGUAGAGCCUGAACCCAAACAAGAAGUUCCCAUGUGUGCAGAGCCUGAAUCCAAACAAGUUCCCAUGAGUAAAGAGCCUGAAUCCAAACAAGAAGUUCCCACAUGUGCACACCCUGAAAUCAAGCAACAAUUACCUGUAGAAACAGACUCUGACUUUAAUCUAGAAGUACCCAUGUAUGCCCAUCCUAAAAUUAAAGAAGAUAACCCCAUGGAUAUGGAUUCUGAAAUAAAACAGCAAGUAACCUUGGUUUCAGACCCUGAAAUCCUAAAGGUCGCCAGGAUGCAUCACGUCCAGGCAGAAAGCUACCUGGUAUACAGCAUUGUCAGCAGUGGAGAGAUCGAGUGCAGCAACACCUUGGAAGAUGAGCUUGACCAGGCUUUGCCCAGCCAGGCCUUCGUUUACCGUCCCGUCCGACAGCGUGUUUAUACUCUUCUCCUGGGCAGCUGCAGAGAUGACAUCAGCGCCAGCCUGGCUGUGAAGGAGUGGUUCGUGUACCCUGGGAACCCGUUGCGGCACCCGGACCUCGUCAGGCCUCUGCCGAUGAUCAUUCCAGGGGGAACACCCAGUCUGAAAUCACUGUGGCUAAACCAAGAGCCAGCAGCGCAGGCCCGGCGUUUGGAUGCACUCCUAGCCUGUUUCAACCUCUCCUCUUCAAGAGACGAGCUGCUGGCUGUCGAAAGCCCAUUGAGAGCUCUGUGCUGCCUCUUGAUCUACCUCUUUGUCCAGGUGGACACACUCUGCCUGGAGGAUCUGCAUGCAUUUGUUGCCCAGGCCUUGUGCCUCCAGGGAAAAUCAACCGCACAGCUUGUGGACCUGCAGCUCGAGUACAUCAGCCCCAGAGCUGUGCAGCUGGGUUCCCUUCUUGUCCGCGGCCUCACCACGCUCGCCCUGGUCAAUAGUGCGUGUGGCUUCCCCUGGAAGACCAGUGAGUUCAUGCCCUGGAACUUGUUUGAUGGGAAGCUUUUCCAUCUGAAGUACCUACAGUCUGAAAAAGGAUAUUCUGUGGAGGCUCUUUUGGAACAAAAUAGGUCCUGGCUCACCAGAUUCCACAACCUGAAAGCAGUGGUCUGCAAGGCCUGCAUGAAGGAGAACCGACGCAUUGUGGGCAGAGGGCACUGGAGCUCACACCACACAGGGAGGUGGGGAAGGCAGGGCUCCAGCUCCCACAGGACAAGCUCUGCGUGUGGCCAUUCUGGGCAAGGACAGCCGUGGAGAGACCAGGGUCCAGGAAGCAGAACCCACGAUCAUGACCAGUGGAGGAGGUACUAGUGUCCCCACCUGCAUCCCCAGAAGUGCCGGGAGAAGCAGUCUACCACUGAGUCUUGCCAAGUGCCCGGCUUCCCAGGGCUCACAUGCUGCUGGAUUUGUCUCCUGAGUUCAAGACAAGUUCGCCUCCUGCAGUUCAGAUGAGGAGGACGCAGCACUGAACCCCACCCUGCCCAGCUGCACCUGCAAGGAAAGUGGCUGUGGGACCAGAGUUCACUUGAAAAGAGAAAAGACCCUUGCCAACGACUUCUCCCCAUGUGUCCCGGGUUGUGCUUGAUUGUACGGCCCAGAACAGUCAUCAUUAACUUCUGCGUUACGUAACACAUGAUUGACGUCUUUCUCCAGGAGAUUGGCGCCUGACCUCACCUGUUCUUUAACUGGACACUACAUUGUGAGGAUACUUUCCCAUGUCCCUGCGAGGCGCUGGACGUGUGGUAUCUGACAGUCACGUGGCAUUUCACAAAUUGUUUUCUCGUUGGAAAUUCUAACAAGUCAAGUUUCCAACUAUUUCUUCUCUUGGUUCUUGGAAAUGUUUGAAAGAAAGGAAGGAACAGCUGGGCACGAUGGCUUAUGCAUGCAAUUCCAGCAACUCGGGAGGCUGAAGAAGGGAGAUCACAAGUUCACAACCAAAAUAAGAUCCUGUCUCAAAAUAAAAAAAAUUUAAGUAGGUGCCUGGGGAUGUGGCUCAGUGGUAAAGUGCUUCUGGGUUCAUUCCUCAGUACCAAAAAAGAAGAAGAAGAAGAAAGGGAAGACACAAGUACACAUACCUUCCUGGUGGGAGUUGUCCUGCUGGGGCAGGGCAGGCAAGGGGCACACGAGGGCAGGCUGGUUCUCAACAGCCAGAUGGGAGGCCCAGGGCGAUGACCCUGGGAGUGGUACACCCACUGCUCUUUUCCUCUGAGCAAUGAAGAGCCUCUGUUUUUAAAAAAUGUUUUAAAUGAAUCCAAGUUCAGAGUAGCUCUUUCCACAGAAUUUUCAAGUAACCCCAGAAUUGGAAAUUGGACCCCCAUCCUGUAGGAGCUUCACCUCUGGGGAGUGGAGGUGGAAAGCAUUCGGGGUGAGGCUGAGAAGACUCCACUUGGUCCCUGAGCGCUGGCUGCCCCUGUCAGGGUCCUUCCCAGGCCACAGCACAGCUCUGGAAAGGCUCUGGUUGCUGCUGUGUUUAAACUCAAGCCCCCAGCACACUGACGCCCAGGUUCCCUCUGCACCUGAGGGAGCGCCCCGCCCAGCAACUCCACCUGCACGGAGCCCCCGUGCUGCUUGUCUUGUACUUGGAAAGCAGGGUGUGAUCUGCAGACGUUGAGCACAUUUGUGUUUCUUAGGUUCGAAAACCCAGUGGCCACUCGGUGCAGCUGUUGCUGAGGAUGUCCAUGUGCCUGCUUAUGCUUCAUGUGAGUCCGCAGCGUCUACAGCUCUGCCUCCUGGCUUUGGAAAUAGGUGUUUCCCGCUUUUCCUGUGAGUGCCAUGUACCUGAGUAUCCACUUCCUGAUCAUUCUCUUGCUCCUUUGAAACCACAGCUGCCUUUAGAAAUCCUCUUUCUUUGCUGCUUGUGUGUGUUUCUGUGAAAUAAAUUUCUCACCCCUUAGACUGAAAAUGGACUUCUGAGAAAGACAGUUCCCUUUGUAGUACCUAAAUUCUGAUUCAUCAAUAAAAUAUUUAUGUUCUUUUCACAAGCUUAAGCUGUGUUGGUGUGACCUGAAUUCCAUUUGAAAACCAGGGCACUGGAUGGUUUGUAGUCUUAAUAUUGUUUAUAAGUUAUUUCUGAGCUUAGUUUUCUGAUAGAAUCUAUAUGUAUCAAUUUUUAAUUGCAAAGAUCGUUUACUCAUAAUUUACAUUUUCUUAAAUUUGGAAGACAUUUCAACAUUCAGUAAAUUGGGAUGUUUAUGAAGAAAGAGAGGCUGUUGGGAGGCCUGUGUCCCUAUGGGAUAGGCCCAGGAAGAUGGAGGAGGUGCAGGCCCUGCACAGCUCCGUAUGUGGCGUGGCCUGGGGCUGCACAAGACUUCAUUUCCUGCAUUCAUAUUAUUGAAAAAAUGUCCUCUAGAAUCAGAAGUUAAUUUGUUGGGGACCCAAAGCUAGGCAGAAUGUUUCUGUAUCUAACAUUCCACGAACCACACUCUGCUGCUACAUACAUGUACAGUGUUAGCGUUUGGAUGUGAAGUGUCCCCAGAGAACUCAUGUGUGAGACGAUGCAGGAAGGUUUAGAGGAGAAAUUUCACCCUUAUAAUCAUAUAUCCUUAACCUAGUCAGUUAAUUGAUUCCUGAUGGGAUUAACUGAGUGGGGGCCUGAGGCAGGUGGCGUGUGGCCAGAGGAGGUUCACUGGGGGUGUGCUUGUGGGGUAUAUAUUUUGUAUCUGGUCAGUGGAGUCUCUCAGCUUCCUGAUCAUUCUUUGCCACACUCCUCACCCUGAUGUCCUGCCUCACCUUGAGCCCCGAGGAAUGCAGUCUGCUGUCUAUAAACAGACCUAUGAAACCAUGAGCCCCCAAAUCGACUCCUCCCACCCCUAAAAUUGUUCUGGUCAGAUCUUUUAGUCACAGCAGAGAAAAAGCUGACUAAAACAUGGUAUGUGUCUGUGCAAAUCAAUGUAAAUAGCUGGAUCUAAAACUUUGACUGAUGCUAUCAAAUUACACUCAAAAAUAGUGGUGUCCUUUCAUCCCGGUCUUCACUGAUCGGUCACACCAGGUAUGAGUAGCCAGCUCUCUGUGCCUGACUCUCUGGUGCAAUCUUCAGCCUGGUGUGGCCCCUGCACCAUGCACAGUGCAUCACCCAGAACUGGGUGUGGGCCCAGACCGAGUCAGGAAUUCAGGCUGGGCAUGGUGGUCACUGGCCACUCCACCACACAUGGGCUCCCACUCAUCCCUCUUGCCUGCAAGCCUGGCGUGGACUUCUUCCCAGAGAGGCUUCCGGAGGUGCAGGCCCAGCAUCUCCAACGCUGGAGAGGCAGGCAGCAGACCUGUCCCUCUCACAGCCUUGCCUCAAGUCCUGCAGCAUCUCGGUUUUGCCCUUUUCUUUUCACGCAGGUAUCUAAAAAGGCCUGUCCACAUUCAGGAGAUGAAGCCGAUACUCCUGCUAGGCAGGAGCAGGGUUCUGGAGGGUCUGCCAUGGCCAGCCCCCCCGCCAAAAGUUCCCCCUGACCUACAGCAGCACACUGAAUCUCAUGCCAUCCAGCUGUCACCCGCCCCCCCAGGAAGCUGUGGUCCUUCAGCCUUCUCAGGGUUUUAGCUCUCUGCUUUCUCAGCUGUUGACUUCACCUGUAGCCUUGCUGCUCUCCCUCGUGACCUUAGCUUCAAACACUUCCCUGCAGCAUCUAGAGUUGGUAGCCCUUCAGGCCUGACCGCCAGCCCACUGACCUGGCAAGUGCAGCUGUGUGUCAGCCUGCCUGUCCUCGCUGCUUAGCCUCUGCCUAGCAGGUGGUUUCUUGUGUCCUCUGCUUCUGUAUAGUCUUUAUGCUGUUGAGGCCAGGGCAAAGGACAGGUAGCUGAUUAUCAAAGAAAAGGAAAUGAGUAGAUACCACCUCCAUCUCCUGGUUACUAACAGCCUGCGAUGGGGGGGACACACUUUCCAACACAAGCAAUCACCCCUGACACUCUCCUCCUGCCCUUUUGGUCAGUUUUUAAAAGGAGAAGACUCUCUCCCCCUUCCUCUCUCCCUCUUUGCCUUAAUAAAAUUUACUUUUUGGUCUUGC